UUUUACUCAAGAACACCAUUGACCACAAUUUUGAAUUUCUUGAAAAUCUGAACAUUUGUCGUGAAAAACUGUUACUAAUACUAGCAAUGGAAGGUCCUCAAGGCACAGAAUCAAUGAUUCUUGGCUCUCCACAAUCCUCUUCAACUAGUCUUCCAUCAAGUCUGUCAAGUCAAUUUCUUCCUGCCUAUCUUAUUGGAGAGCAGAGCCCCGCAGUUUCGCCUGCCAGUGGACGUCAGAGAACGCUAUUGAGAAGUCCAUCAAGGACAAUGUCCCCAUCAACUCUUGGACCAAGGGAUAGUAGUUUACUCAGAAUAGACUCCACUGAGAAUCGUGUUGGACAGACGCCAAGGACUACUUCACACACACCCAAAGAUAAAGGCAAUGCCCCACCUGUAGCGGGUCUAUAUGAUCCUAUUGAAGCCAGUAGAGGGAGUCCUGCUGUUUUUGAUACACCAGAAAGGAGACAGUUGGAUUUUACUCAGGCCCCUUCAAGAGCAUCAAGAACAUUAGAUUCCCCUGCGGCUAGUCGUCUGUUCUCCCCCUCUCAACAGUCAAUGGUACAGUCCAGCCAAUGGUCCAUGCAGGCACCGCCAUCACCACCACAGGUUGAUCCAUUCUACACACAGGGAGAGUCUAUCUUACCGGAGGAUGAAUUGGAUGAUACUUGGAUCACAAUAUUUGGUUUUCAGUCAGCUGCGACAUCCUACAUCCUUCAACAGUUUUCACAGUAUGGCAAUAUAGUCUCACAUGUGGUGGCUAGUUCUGGUAAUUGGAUGCAUGUUCAGUACAGCUCUCGUAUUCAAGCAAGGAAAGCGUUGAGUAAAAACGGCAAGGUAUUCGGUGGUAAUAUCAUGGUAGGAGUGACGCCCUGUAUAGACAAGGGGGUAAUGAGUGGGGGUACAUCAGACUCUUAUGGGGUGAAUACUACCGGUAUAGGGGAUGCACCUAUUACCCCUGCUAAGAGAUUAGCUUCACAGAGUGAGGAACAAGAGACUACGAGAAGAACACCUAUAAGACCACUGACCGCUGCAUACAAGGCAGCUAGUAACCCUCAUGAGGUUAUUCAAGAGAGUAGAACUCCACAGAAGUCCAGCAAUGUUGUCAGUAAGACAUUGGAAUACAUGUUUGGAUGGUGACACAAUAGUCUAUCAACAUUUAAAAGGUCUGUGUUGUUUGUUUGGUGACACAUUUGGUCCAAUCUUGUAUCUUAGAGGGCACAGGGUCAGAUUUAGGAUUGUCAUAGAGUUUUUUGUUCAGAAUUAUUUAAAGUUGAUAAGGAUUGUGACGUUUUCAAUUCCUGAGGUUAGUUUUUUAUGUUUGACUUAACAUGCAGAUUUUCCAUUGGAGCAAUUGUCGCCAGAGCAAAUGUCAUGGAACUGUUUAUUUAAGUAGGAAUCCCACUAUGAAUAAUGUUAUAUGAAUAAUGAUAAUACUAAUAUGCAACAGAUAUAUAGCACUUAAUACAAAUGUAUCUACUAAAGUGCUGUGUGUAAAGGUGUUAAGCAUUUUUCAUAGGGGCUUUCCCCAUAUUCCCAUUGUUUUGUUUUUGUUGACGUUGUGCAUUGAAGAUGCUUUCUGCUCGCAAGUUUCAACUGUGACUUCUGCCUUUUUGGGGGUAAGAUGUCUAAAAAUUGA